AUGUACUCUCCAAAAAAACAACAAAUUGAAAUAUGUUUACUGAAAUAUGGUCUAGAAGAAAUAGAAAACAAUUUAAUUCAACAACGGUCUGCUAUACCGGCGUUGGAUGAUGAAAAUGAAAAGAAAUACCGCGAAACGCUCACAGCAUUACGUACGGCGCGAUCCCUUAACGAGGAAAUGGAGCGCCUUAAGCAAGAGACCGUGCGUCUCACAGCCAGACGGAUGCAAGUGAAGCGACAGGCUGAUGACGUCACAGACGCUCUACAAGAAGCACGCGAUCGUCGAAACUCACUCGAGCAAGCGACGCGUAACGAGGAACACGACACCGAGUUACAUGUACGAAGAUAUGAAGACUCGUUAAGAGAAAUCGCAGAUCGUUUUCGUAGCACGCCAGUGUUUUACAAUGAAGGGGAAAUUAAUGGUGAGUUGGAAAUGAUGAGGUCAUUUAUUGUAAAACUCGAAGAUGAAGAAUUCAAACGUCGCAAUGAAGUUAAAGAAAUAAAGAGAAGCCUUGAAAAUUUACAAACCGAUAUCCCUGAAAACAUUGCGGAUAUAAUCGGUAAAAAGGAACUAGAAAAUGAAUUGAAGCAAUUAUCACAAAGAGUUGAAACGUUACGCUCCAAGAGAGAUAAUCUUUUAAAGAUUCGAAAUAACACGUGUAUUACUACACGCCAUUUUUGAAUUUUAACUCAUUUCUGAUAAAAUUUAAUAUACGUAAAAAUUUCAAUAAAAUGACCUUCGUCGAAAUUUCAAUAGCAUUUCUCGCUAAAAAUUUCACACUGAAAUACUCAAUUUAUUUCCUUCCGUUAUAACAUUUGAAUCUUUUUUCUAUUCUUUUCUU